AUGAAAGAUCACAUCCCAACUGUCAUCUACGUGCCUAGCUUCGGCAGCAGCCCCGCCGCCACAAUGUCGCUGAGUCCAAUAAGCGACAGGUCGAGUAUCGCGGCCAAUAUCACUACUUCUUUGCACGCCACUUCCAGAUGGACAGACAACAGAAUUGAGACCAUGAAUGCUAACAGCUCCACAAGUCUUCGUCGGUGGCAAACCACAGGCUCUUCUGCCUGCUCUGCCAAGAAACCAUCUCUGCCUCGUCGACAAAAAUCACUUGAUAACUCCGCCAAGCUUGUCACACGUGGUUCCAGACGAAGUCCCGAAAGGUCUGCUUUCCCUGCCGCAAGAAGAACCUUGCCAGUCUUGAGACUUUAA